AUGCAGUACAUUAUGGAAGGAAUUAUGGAGGAAAACAACUUGGCAGAGGUUCUAGAUGCUGAAGUAGUUUAUGAAGAAGAAGAAGUUUCUGAAGAUCAUGAGAUUGGCUUGGAGGAGCUAGAACAAGCACCUCUUUGGAUAGAUGAUGAAGCCAUCCAUGUUAGAGAGGAGUUAGAAGAAGUGAAUCUUGGAACCUCUGAGGAACCUCAGGAAUACAAAGAUUGCUUUGCAUGGCAAUAUUCUGAUAUGCCGGGGUUAAGCAGGAAAUUGGUAGAACAUCGGCUUCCUAUUAAGCCUGAGUUUCAACCAUACCGCCAACCUCCAAGAAGAGUGUCAAAAGAAGUUGAAUUAAAGGUAAAAGAAGAGAUUGAAAAAUUGUGUAAAGCAGGCUUUAUUAGGCCUGCUAAAUAUAGUAAUUGGUUGGCAAAUGUUGUUCCAGUGGUUAAAAAGAACGGAAAACUUAGAAUAUGCAUAGACUUUAGGGACUUAAAUGAAGCAACUCCUAAAGAUAUUUAUGCCAUGCCAAUUGUUGACACUCUUAUUGAUGUUACAACUAAUCAUUCUUUUUUGUCUUUUAUGGAUUGUUUUGCUGGAUAUAACCAAAUUAUGGUGGCUAAAGAAGACAUCUCCAAAACGGCAUUUAGAUGUCCAGGAUCUAUUGGGACAUUUGAAUGGGUGGUCAUGCCGUUUGGUUUACGUAAUGCUGGUGCAAUAUAUCAGAGGGCUAUGAACGCCAUCUUCCACGACCUCUUAGGUAAAACUAUGAAGGUUUAUAUUGAUGAUGUUGUUGUAAAAUCAAAACUAAUAAAAGAUCAUUUGAAAAAUCUAGAGGAAGCAUUUAGGAGGAUGAGAGUUCACUGUUUAAAACUCAAUCCUCUGAAAUGCGCCUUUGGUGUAAAAGCUGGAAAGUUUUUGGGGGUUUUGGUCCAUGAAAGAGGCAUUGAAGUGGACCAAAACAAAACCAAAGCUAUUCGAGAAGCUAAACCGCCUAGAAAUAAAACAGAACUUCAGAGGUUUCUUGGGCAGGUUAAUUACUUAAGGAGAUUUAUAUCUAAUCUUGCAGGAAAAACAAAAGUGUUCUCAGACCUGUUAAAAUUAAAAAAGGAGGAUGUCUUCAUAUGGGAAACCAUCCAUCAAGAGGCUUUUGAUGAAAUUAAAGAUUAUCUAAUGAAGCCUCCUGUAUUGAUGCCUCCCAAAAAGGGUAUACCUCUGAGGUUGUACAUUUCAGCAGCUGAAGGUUCAAUUGGGUGUCUGCUAGCCCAGAGCAACCAAGAUGGACAUGAACAGGCUAUUUAUUAUUUGAGUCGUUCGAUGACAUCUACAGAGUUAAUAGAGAGUUUUGAAGAGGUUGAAUUAGUACAUGUUCCUAGAGAGGAAAAUUGGGAGACCGAUGAAUUAUCACAGCUAGCAUAUGGCCUACGUCUGUCGGAGGAGUUAACCCACCGACUAGUAAUGGAUUGGAGGAGAGAUAUUAAAAAGUACCUGGAGAAUCCUAGCAAGAAGAUGAUGUAUAAAGUAAGAGUGAGAGCUGUUAACUACGUGCUCAUAGAAGAUGUUUUAUACAGAAGAGGAUUUGACAACCUAUUGCUAAGAUGCCUUGGAACUACAGAGGCACUAGAGGUCAUGAAACAAACUCAUGAAGGAGUUUGUGGAGCACAUCAAUCUGGAGUGAAAAUGAGAUGGCUGAUCCGAAGACAUGGUUACUUCUGGCCAUCUAUCCUAAAAGAUUGCAUGAUUUUUGCAAAGGGUUGUCAAUCGUGCCAAAGGUAUGGAAACAUACAAAGACUUCCAGCUGCUGAGUUGAAGUCUGUCAUCAAACCAUGGCCAUUCAGAGGUUGGGCCAUAGAUUUGAUAGGUAAAAUAUAUCCUCCAUCUUCUAAAAAUCACAGUUUCAUAAUUGUAGCUACUGAUUAUUUUACCAAAUGGGUAGUCGCUAAGCCAUUGGUAAAAGCAGAGCAAAAAGAUGUUAUUAAAUUUAUUAAAGAGGAAAUUAUCCAUCAAUUUGGAAUUCCACAAUCAGUAACUACUGACCAGGGCACAAUGUUCACUGGUAAGGAGAUGCAAGAAUUUGCCACUGAUUAUGGAAUAAAAUUAUUGACCUCUACACCUUAUUAUGCUCAGGCCAAUGGCCAAGCUGAAUCUUCUAAUAAAAUUAUCAUCAACAUAGCUCAAAAGAUGUUGGAAGAAAAUCCAAGGGAUUGGCAUCAAAUUUUAUCAGAAGCACUCUGGGCAUAUCGCACCUCUAGGCGAAAUGCUACUGGAGUAAGUCCAUUUAUGCUAACAUAUGGUCAUGAUGCAGUGUUACCCAUUAAGGUGGUGGUGAGGUCAUUGAGAGUAUCUAAGCAGAAUCAUUUGACUCCAGAAGAUUACAAUGAAACCAUGAUGAUGGAGUUAGAAAAUUUAGAAGAAGGGAGACUUCAGGCUUUAAACAAUAUGAUUAUACAGAAGAAGAAAGUCUCCAGAAGCUACAACAAGAAAGUUAGACCUAAGACAUUUCAAGAGGAUGAGCUAGUAUGGAAGUUGAUCUUACCCCCUGGUACUAAAGACAGAGAAUAUGGGAAAUGGUCUACUAAUUGGGAAGGGCCAUUCUUAGUCCACAAGGUGAUGAAGGGGAAUGCAUACUGGCUAUCAAGUCUAGAGGGUGAGCCUCAUAAAAAAUUUAUUAAUGGAAAGUACUUGAAGAAAUACACUCCCACCAUCUGGGAGAAAUACAACUUAGAAAUGACUUAA